AUGGCACUUUCCCAAUUCGAUCAGUUCAUUUGUUCAACCAACGGAAACUACACAACUGAGAGCUUGUACCGUGCAGAUCUCAACGGCGUUCUCCGCUCUCUCUCCUCAAACAUGAAUAGCAGCGGUUUCUACAGCGCCUCCGUCGGCCGAGCCAACGUCGCAGCCCUCUGCAGAGCCGACGUUCAGCUCAACCAGUGUCAGGGCUGCGUCAAUAUCGUGUCGCAAACAAUCCUAGUCAACUGUCCUAAUCAGUUCGGGGCGAUUAUGUGGUCCGAAUUCUGUAUGGUUCGCUACUCGAACAAGAAUUUAUUCGGAACUCUCGCGAUCCUCCCCUACAGGAUUUUGUAUAGCGGGGCUAAUUCGACGAGUCCCGUCGGGUUUAAGGCUGCCCGGGAAAAGCUGAUAGAGGACGUUCGGGCGCAGGCGGCAGGCAGUGGCACUCUGAGGAAGGCGGCGGUGGGGAAUACGACGGGGCCCGAUGGUCAGGGAAUUUUUACAUUGUUGCAGUGCACGCCGGAUUUAUCCCCAGAAAAUUGUAUUAGUUGCUUGGUCAAGGCCGCCAGAUAUAUACCACGAUUUAUUGAUCAUUCGACAGGGAUCAGAGUCUAUACGCCCAGCUGCAUUUAUCGUUAUGAGAAUCAGCUGUUUUACAAUAUCACCAGGCUUCAAGAACCAUUGGUGCCGGCUUUAAUGCCACCUUCGGUGCCGCCUAGUAGAGUAGGUGACCAACAAGUCAACUUGUGA